CACUAUCCCACCUCGACUUUCCCAGACAGUAUGGCGCCUUUCGGGAGCGCGCAGCGCUGGGUGCCGCCUACCAAGGCUUCGAAGCCGGAAGAAAUGCCCACCGCGCAACCACAGCCAAGUCCAUUCGGGACCUCGCAACGCUGGCAGCCGCCGAAAGCUGCGCCUGCCCAACAAGCACCGUCAAGUCCAUUCGGGACCGCCCAACGCUGGCAGCCCUCCAAGCCUGCGAUUCCUGCGCAAGAUGACACGCCAGCCGAGCCUGCCCUCAAGCCCGCACCAAAACAGCCCAAGAAGCCCAAGAAACGGAAACGAGACUCGGAUGUAAUGCCUGACCCCGCGCAAGACGAGGCCACGCCAAAGAAGCACAAGGCAGUGCUGUCAAAGUUCGAGAAGGUUUCGCGCAAGGUCAAGGAGCAGCCUCAGCAACCGCCGGAGGAGCAGGAAAGCAAGCCAGACGUUGUGCUUCGAGAUUUGCAGCCUCUCCCGCAGCCCGCGCCUGUGCCCGAGCCCGCAUUCGAGCCCACCUUUUCCGUCUUGCCAAACUGGCUUUCGCAACCCAUCACCGUGGAAUCUUCUAAGCGCGUACCGUUUGAUCAGCUGGGCGUGGAGGCUUCUUUCGUGAAGAAGCUGGCGAGACAUGGAUACUCCGAGGCUCUGGCCGUGCAGUCUGCGCUCCUGCCAAUGCUUCAACCCGGAUAUAAACAACACUUGGGCGACAUAUGCGUAUCAGCCAGGACAGGUUCCGGCAAGACAAUGGCAUAUCUUCUGCCUAUCGCUGAAGCCUUGAAAGACCGCACUACCCCAGUAUUAUCAGCCGUCAUUGUAGUUCCAACGCGGCAGCUUGUGGACCAAGCGUUGCAAGUCGCGGAAGAACUAUGUGCUGGAACAAAGAUCAAGCUUGGAACUGCUGUGGGAAACGUCCCCUUCGCUACGGAGCAGAAGCAAUUGGUCAAAAUGAGAGCGCAGUACGACCCUAAAAGAGCGGCGUCCCUACACGAGAAGGCCAAACAACAGUGGACGACGGGUUUUGUAGAGAACCGCGGCCUUGUGGAUGACUUGAUGACGCUACCAGCCGACCAUGUGCCACGCUAUGACUCCGGAGUCGACAUCCUCAUCUGCACACCGGGAAGAUUGGUAGAACACAUAGAAUCUACAACUGGUUUCCUCCUACGCUCUAUCAGGUGGCUAGUCAUCGAUGAAGCAGAUCAAUUGCUAAAUCAAAAUUUCCAAGGUUGGUCGACGGUGCUGAUGGAUGCUCUACAUGGCGAGACUCCCGAGGACUUCAUGGAUGCACAGGAACGGCUUCGCAAAGAGAGGAAGCUGUCAGGCCGGGGACCUGCUCUACCGCCAUCCACUGCGCAGCACAUCACUAAAGUCAUUCUUAGUGCGACUAUGGAGAAGGAUCUGACCAAACUGGGAGCCUUGAAGCUUAAAAGACCCAAGUUCGUUCACGUGCAAGACGAACAAGAACACCCUCUCGCCGCAACUGAGGGUGAUAGCUUUGACCUCCCCACAACGCUGACCGAGUUCGCAGUCCCGGUCAGCGAUGGACACAAGAAGCCUCUCUACUUGCUGUACCUCUUACUGAACACGGUAUUCCAAACCUCCAAUGGAGACGAACACAAAGAGGCGAGCGACAAAGAGUCUGGUGAAGACUCAUCAGAGGAUUCGUCAGACGAUCCAGAGGAUUCAGAGGAGUCAUCAGACGGUUCAUCGAGCGACGGCGGCGACUCUGAAACGGAAGAAAAGCCUAUCACGAAGCCUUCGAUUGCAAAGCACAAAAAUCGCGUCCUGAUUUUCACGAAGAGCAACGAAAAUGCAUCGCGUCUAUCACACUUAGUGUCUGUUCUAGAACCCUCAUUCAAAGAGUAUCUCCAGACAAUGACUCCGUCGUCAACCGCCAAGCAAUCCAAAAAGCUGCUCAAGGCGUUCAGCUCUGGCUCCGUCAAGAUACUGAUUGCUUCGGAUGCUGCAUCGCGUGGUCUGGACAUUUCUGGUAUCACGCACGUUGUCAACUACGACAUUCCGCCCAGCGCGACUAGUUACGUUCACCGCGUCGGUCGAACAGCGCGAGCUGGAAAAUCAGGCGAGGCCUGGACUUUGGUCACAAAAUCUGAGGCAGCGUGGUUUUGGAAACAAUUGGCGAAGGGCAACAACAUCAGAAGAGGCGGCAAGACGGUUGCGCGCGUGCAAUGGAAAGAGCGCAGCGUGGAGUACAAUAGGAGGAGAACAUACGAGGCAGCUUUGGCGGAACUGCAGGAAGCGGUUGCGGGCACAGACGGGUGAAUUCUUGCUGUCAACUAUUGACGGAGUCCGUCCAGAAUAGUAAAUGCACACACUGUAUCGCUCUCUGUAGGACCAAGGCAGCGGUACCGGUGAGUACAGCCGUAUGAGGAAGGCUGAUAGGAAUCAACGCCAGCAUCGACAUUUGCCCCCCACCAAGGGAGGCUCUUCGGCGCUACAGUCGACAUGUCCAUCGCGGCAUUGUACGAUCUAGUGACGGGCUGUCACAUGCCGCCCACUGGAGCGAAGCACGGUCUCUUCGGCGCAAAGUCCUUUAAUCAUUCGCAUCCAUAGACGAGCUAGGCACGGCCAACGCUGCCUACCGUAUCACAUAGCUGUCAUUCGAAGUUGAAUGAGAAAAGUAGCUGUCGAGUUUGAAG